AGCUGCUGAGUCACGAUCUCGCAGCGCUUCUUCACUAAUGUUCAAUUACCUACGCUGACUACCGGAUUGAGUUAAUUCCAGCUCGGUAUGAGCGCAUUCUUUGGACAAUCUCAGUCUUGCACAAUGUUCCUUCUAUCCAACUAUCCAUUGCAGCUGAUUCUGGGCCGUUGCGGACAUGAAACAGGCUCGCGAAAGGACAUACACUAUGUAUCCCAGGAUGCCUCUUAUCGGGGACGAUUUCCCUGAGACGAUCUCAGUAUAUUCGACAACCCUACGCAAAUUCACCGGUGCUAAAGUUGAUCCAUACACUCGCUAUGUGGCCUAUCUGCUGUUUCGCGACUUCAACAUCGCCGUUGCAGGUCAACGCAAUGUGAAUAAUGCGCUCGGCAACCUUCCAGUCCAUAUCUCGGUAGCACCAGCCGACAAGCUUUCAUUCGGCUGGUGUCCGUCGCAUGUCAUCUACGACAGGGCGGUCCACGAGCAGGAGGGAGCUUAUGAUCACUUGGCCGUCAUGGUCGCCCUGGGAGAAACUUUUCAUGAGACAUAUGGGGCUAUGGUUCUUUCAGAGAUGGUUGCGGCAGCAGCUGGCCCUGAGGAUCUGGCGCCGCACUUGGUUCAAUGGAAAGCUGCACUUCAUGCAUGUAAUGGAGCUUUCGCCACAACCGAUUUCGGUCUAUUGGUGGAGGACUAUAUCCGACUGUAUCCAUAUCACAUCAUCAGCGUUGAGAGGUUAGAAAGUCUCAUCCCGCCAAGGACCGUUGCUCAGGCGCUUCAAGCUCUGCUUGAUGUUACCAGCGGGCGCCAAAAGCAAGUCACGUAUACGGGCAGCGCGAUCAUUUGUUGGAUAGGAGCUGUAGCUGAAUGGCUCUGCGACCUUCGAAUCACCGUGUAUCAGACCAAUGGAGAGCAGUUGCGGAGGACACACCCAGACGAGGAACCACAGCUAAUACUGGUAUUCGUGGAGGAACCUGGUCUCGCGUACUCUUUCGAGCCCAGAGGCCAAGACUCUGCUGGUAUCGCGGACUUGACGCUUGUGGACCGGACGUAUUCUUCCGCAGUCCACGCGACUCCGUUUGGUGGUCGGGUUGCAUGGCAGUCUCUCCUUCCACGAGUCUUCGGCAAAAGCUUUCAUUACUUAGAUCAUGAUGAGGCCAAAGCGUUUGGAAUGAUGAUCGGUAGCGCAGCCCGGAUGUUCGAGGGACUUGCCUUAGGCAAGGGACAUGAAGACCACAGUGAUUUGGUUUCGACGCAGAAUCAGAGUAACACGGCGUCCUAUGGGACUGGGUUGGUCGAGACCCUGACGAACUGGCUUCCGGAACUCCGACGUUUCCAAGGCCGAAUGGAAAGACCGCUGAAAAUGUCGCAUGAAGACGCAUCGGCAUCCUACGUGGAACACCUGACGAGGAUAAGGAAUGCUUGCCAUUGUGGGAUAUGCACCGCCAAAGACAAGCUCCAAGAAGGUCAAGACGGCGUGCCGCCCUCUCACGGCUAUUGUCUUGCUGUGCUGGUCGAAACGAUCAUCGCAUUAGGGCUAUCACUCUCCAGGAUGACGGUGGCAGCCCGACUGUACCCGACGCGGUCGGGGAUCCAGAGCUUCUAUCUUGGUCAGGUGUCCAAGCGACUGGAAGCACGAGGCAAGGACUGGAAGGAACACUUUGAAAUUGUGUACGGCAACGAGUGGAACGCGCCCGAUGCUCGCCGUCUUCAGAACUCGGUUCAAAUUUUCACUGGAUCAAGGCCGACGAAAGAUGUGCCGGGGAAUCUAGUCGCCGUCUCGCAUGAAGGUAUUUGUGCGUACUUUGUGGCUUUGGAGAAGGGAUAUAAGUCGGAUAAGGACCAGCAGGUGAAAUUGAUACGUGUCGUCAGUGGGAGCAUCAAUGUUGGAGAGAAGCUGUUCGACCGGGCUUGUAUUGGCGCAGUUGCAGAUAUCGAUGUUGACCCUGAUGAGCCAUGGGAAGAGAUGGAAUAUGCUCACCUGCCGGCGGCAAUCUUUUGUAAAUAAAACAAUAAGUAUUUUAGUGAGUAGGUCGGAUCAGCGGAGAAAGGAACUCCAUAAGGAGUCUGGCCAGGCUUGUGGGCAAUGGCAAUGGGCAAUGCGUACCGCCAGCAUCCGCAAUACUGCAAAAGUCGGAGAAGACUCGGGGACAUGAAUGAGGGCUUGAGGGAUUGUUUCUUGUAUACGAGAUAUGGAGUACGAGUACUGUGUACUGUGGUCCGUGAUUGGCACCCACUGCCAUCCAGUUGGUUGUCAGAUAAUUGAC